CUAAUUUUAAAAAGAAAAGAAAAACACUAGUGGUGCUACUUUAAGAAUUAUAAUUUACAUCUAGUGCUGCUACUUUAACUCUGCUUUUCCUUCUUUAAAAUUUAUUAAUGAGUUCUUCAUUAACCCAAUCUAAAUCUUCAUUCAUUUCCCUCAAACAAAAUAACAACGCAAAUGGGUUUUCAGUUAGCGCCUGACUUCAUCCUCCUACUCCUCUUCCUCUUCCUGUUAUGCCCAAUUUUUCAAGCAGCAGAAUCUCAAGAACCUACCUGUGGUAAAGAAGUAUGUGGAAAUAUUACAAUUCCAUCCCCUUUUGGAAUCCAUAGCAGAUGCUAUACUCAUCCUUCGUUUAGAGUAACUUGCAACCCAACCCUCAAUGGGGAAAAGCCUUUCAUAAACGUAAAUGGCAUCGAUCUGGAGGUACUUGGAAAAACCAUAUAUUCAAACGCCAUUCUCAUCAGCUAUCCAGUUACUUACUUUAAUUGUGAUCGUAUAAACGAGGCUAGUGUGAGGGUCAAUCUCUCAGGCACUCCAUUUUUCUUCUCAAGUGAUAUGAAUUAUUUCGGGUCAGUAGGUUGCGGAAAUUUGGCUACUAUUUCACGUAGCGAAGCUGAUUCACUUGGCGGCUGCAUUCAACCAAGGUGUGACAAUGGUGUUUCUGAACCUGGCUGCUUUUCAUGAAAUUAAUGGAAAUCUCACUUCCUAUACCGUAAACAUGACAGCCAUGUAUCCUGACAGCAAACGAUGCGCAUCUGCUUUCAUCUUUAGCCAGUACUCUUUCUCUUUCCGUAGUGCUUACCCAUUACCCAGUGGCACCAAUAAUGGAACCAGGCAUGUUCCCGCCGUGCUCAACUGGAAUUCCAGCUAUUGCGGUGAGGGAGGUCAAUCACGCGCUGUCACUUCAAUUGCUUGCUUUCAUUAUUCUUCUUUUAAUUCAGCUAAUAUAAUGAUGAUUUUGCUAAUUGUUUAAGGUCAGUGUUUAGGAUCAUUCAUUUUGUAUAUUAAUAUUUUGGCUUUCAAAAUUUAUACCUAAAAGUUUUGUAUUCCAAAAACUUGAAUUAAUACUUAAUGAGAUUAAAUUAAUUAAAUUAAAUUAAAUUAUUAGAGGAGUUAAAAUGUAAUUUAUAUAUUUAUUGAAGGGUUAAAGUGUUUAUGUUAAAUUA